AUGGGCCUGCGCCGGUCUUCGAGCUCUGUUGAGUUGAACUUGGGUAGCUUGUCCUUUGGAUGGUUGGACGCAUUCGUUUACUGCAUCUGGUGCGAAAACAGGAAAAUAGUAUCCUAUGAAGCUAAAUGUGGUACUUUGAUCCUGAACAGUGGUAAUUUACUUCGGCCAUUCCCUUCGGGAAGAGUUGCAUACCACAAUAGUCUCCCCCUUCAGUCUCCCCCAAGAACCCCCGAUAUGUACCUAGGUACAACCGUAGGUAAGACCCAAAACAUGGAACUUCCACUGAAGAAUUUCUUAAUUGAUUGUAUUCACAUGGGAAUGUUACAGCGGCAAGAGACGUUAAUGAUAUUGAAGGUGCUAUAUGUGGAGGUGAUGUUUAGGGCGUCGGGGUUGGGUUGCGGGGCUUCAGAGAGAUGCGGGGUGAGGAUCGAGAAGGUUGAUGGCGUUUAUGUGAUGGAUGGGAUUUGUGAUUGCUGUCCUGCGUCUGUGUCUCUGUCUAUGGCAGGGCUACUCUCAAAUCUUUUGGUUAAUGGUGGAUGUACGAGAUUCAAGCGUAGAACUAGAUGGCUAAUGGAACCCCAGAUGACAUUGAAUGCAUGCAUUUGGCAUAUCAUGGCACUCAGUCAGUCAGGCUCUCUCGAAUUCGUAACUUCUCUAGCAGCUACAGUUUUUGGGUUUCUCUUCCAUCGGUCGUGGAAGGCUACGAUUGGCGCGGUGCGCGCUAUCCUGGACACCCAAAGUGUCUCGCUUGAGAAAGCUUAUCUUAUUAUCGAGAGGGAGAACCGGAGUGGGAUGGCUGGCCUUCUUUGCCAUAAUGGAGCCUUAGAAUGGGUGGUGUUGUGGCUGCUAGUUGCUACUGGUGGGGUUUGGAAGUUGUGGAUCGUAGUAAGGGUAGUGACGGGAAUAACGAUCGACGAAUACACCUUUCAGUUACUGGAAGAGAUGAAAAUCAUAGAAUGA